CAAGCCGUAGACCUGGGGGGGGAAGAAAAGAGGAGACGUAGCUGCGAGCCGCUCAAGCGCUCUUUAUGUUCUUUUUUAAUUCUUCUUUUACGGGUGUUUAUCGUUUAAACUGACACAGUGUCUGCCGACACUCUUUUCCCGCCCCCCCGCCCCUGCACUCUCUCAGAAACCGAAAAUGAGCGGCAGCGGGCGGCCCAGGACCAGCUCGUUCGCCGAGCCUCCGGGGGCUCCGGGAGCCGGCGCGGCUGCAGCCGGAUCGGCCGUGGCCGGCGGGAGCGCUGCGGGUAAGUCCGGGGCUGCACAGGCCUCCGGCGCUAGCUCGGCCGGCUUCGGGAACCUGAAGCUCAGCAGGGACAGUGGUAAGGUGACCACAGUGGUAGCCACACCUGGGCAAGGUCCCGAUCGUCCUCAGGAAGUGUCCUAUACGGACAUUAAGGUGAUUGGGAAUGGCUCGUUUGGAGUGGUGUAUCAGGCCCGGCUCAUCGACAGCCAGGAGAUGGUGGCAAUCAAGAAGGUUCUGCAGGACAAGAGGUUUAAGAACCGAGAACUACAGAUCAUGCGGAAGCUGGACCACUGCAACAUUGUUAGGCUACGUUACUUCUUCUACUCCAGCGGAGAGAAGAAAGAUGAAGUGUAUCUGAAUCUGGUGCUGGAUUAUGUACCAGAGACCGUGUACAGGGUGGCGCGCCACUUCAACAAGGCCAAGACCACCAUACCCAUCAUCUACGUCAAAGUGUAUAUGUAUCAGUUAUUUCGCAGUCUGGCGUAUAUUCAUUCCCAAGGCGUCUGCCACAGAGACAUCAAACCACAGAACCUGCUGGUGGACCCAGACACAGCUGUGCUCAAGCUGUGUGAUUUCGGCAGUGCGAAGCAGUUGGUGCGCGGUGAGCCGAACGUUUCGUACAUCUGUUCGCGGUACUACCGUGCACCAGAGCUCAUCUUCGGAGCCACAGACUACACCUCCAACAUCGAUAUCUGGUCAGCUGGCUGCGUAUUGGCCGAGCUGUUGCUGGGGCAACCCAUUUUCCCUGGUGACAGUGGGGUUGACCAGCUAGUUGAAAUCAUUAAGGUUUUGGGAACGCCUACGAGAGAACAGAUCCGGGAAAUGAAUCCCAACUACACAGAGUUCAAAUUCCCUCAGAUCAAAGCGCAUCCCUGGACUAAGGUGUUUAAGCCCAGGACGCCCCCAGAGGCCAUCUCAUUGUGUUCUCGUCUCUUGGAGUACACGCCGGUGACGCGUCUCUCCCCGCUGGAGGCCUGCGCCCACGCCUUCUUCGACGAGCUGCGCCAGCCCAAUGCCCGCCUGCCCAGCGGCCGAGAACUGCCCAUGCUUUUCAAUUUCAGCCCUGUGGAGCUGUCUAUCCAGCCGCAGUUGAACUCCACUCUCAUUCCUCCUCACGCUCGCUCGCAGACGACAUCUGCCUCACACGAAGGCGUCGUGUCGGACAGUCCAGCCCAGUCCAGCUCAGCACCAGGAGCCCUGAGCAACAGCACCUGAGCGUUCCCUCUGUGUUACUGCACCGCUCUGCCCAUUUCUCCUCCUCCUCCUCCUCUUUCUCCUCCUGUCACCCAGCCCUCAGUCCUGCUUUCUUCGAGCUCCAAAACCAGUCUUUCUUAAUCACUUCUGCCCACAAACCAGCCCUUUCACCGCUCUGUCCUUUUUCACAGGAGCAUGUUUUUAAUCUAUCUGUUUCGU